GGUCUCUACCGCUACACCAUUAAGUUGGAGGCAAAAGAAUAAUAUGCAAGAAGCAAACAGAGGUGAUCGCCUCCAUAAGUACAAACUGGGGAGAACGAAAGGAAAGAUGGUUAACGCCACGCAAAUUAUCCUCCUGGCUCUCGUCAUGGUGGUGGCUGCACUACUGGUCAGGAACCACAGCCUCAACCAGAACAUAAAAGAAGGCAUCUUUAAUCACGCUAUCAGCAAGAAGGCUUUACAAGAUGAGGCGCAAGUUAUCACGACAAACUACAAGAGAGCAGAGGCAGACUUACGGUUCGCGGAACAGAAGAUCGUCGAAUAUAGAAGUCAAGUCCAGAAGAAGAAUGAGCAGCUGGACAAGUCUGAGCAUUCACUGAAGGAAGGCGAGCAAACCAUAGAACGCCUGAAAUCAGAAGGUGACCAGAAGACUCAAGUUAUAGAUUCAAUGAAGGAAGAUAUAAUUAAGCUGAACGCCGACCUCAAGGACAAGAUUACAGCUGCAGAGGAAACCGGGAACCAGUUGGCUACGGCCCAGCUUACGUCCUCCCAGCUGAAGACUGAACUAGACCAAACAAAGAGUAAUCUGAAAGCCAUUGAGGAGUUAGAAGCUAAAUGCCGGUCAUCACUCGAGGAUAAAAACAAUACACAAGACCAAAAGACCAAACAGUCACAACAGCGGCAACAAAAUGUGUCGGGCCCAGGUGACGGGAAAGGAUCUGAGGUGAAGACUCCCGCUGAGCAGCAAGGAGAGAAAGUCAAAAGAGAAACUGUGUCUCCAGAAGUGAAGGUGGAAGACGUCAAACAGGUCGUGGCCACAGAGAAGGAGGCCCAACCAAAGAGUGAAGCAGGAAACUCUAACACCACAGAGAGUAUAAUGAAUCAUAUUACAGAAGAGGAAACAACAGAAAUCCUCAUGAUUGGGACUACAAACGAUGAAAGUGUGUAUGACGAAUCAGAGGGUGCAAGUUCACCACCACCAGGGGAUGAAUACACUGCCUAACUACACAGCACCACCGUUUAAGCACACAACCCCGAGUGAUGCAAAUGAGAUUAAUUAUCUAAAAUAUCAUUAUCAUUGUCAUUAUCAUCCUCAAGUUAAUUAUACAAGGUUGUUUCUGAUCAAUGAAGUAAAACAAAUGUCAUGGUAAAAAUAUUGUCUGUAUUGUUUACAUUUUUUAGUGCCUAUGGGUAAAAAGUCUUGUUUGCCACACUCUAAACUAUUGCACUGUACGAUGUUAAACAUUUCCUCAGUUAUAUAUAAAAAAAAAAAUUGUGACGAGGAAAAUUUUUUAGCCACUAUGCUUAGGUGAAAAUCCUCUCUGUCAUACUUAAAAUUUAUACAAUUACAGAAAUAGUUUUUUUAUUUUACGUUUGUGACUUCUCGGUAAACAUAUAGGGUAGGUACUUCUAAUUAAUGUACGUUGAUAUUAAUAAGUACCAUCAGCUGUUAUUUAAAUUCAUUGUGUGCAGGAGAGGUUAGAAGGGGGUAGGGGAAGAGGUAGGAUGGGGUGGUGACGUUUUCAGCUUAUCUAUUCUUAUCAGAUAAUAGUCCAGCACCACGGCAGCAGCCAGCACCAGCAUCAACAGUGGGAGCUCAUUAAAUCUGGGGUCCAUCGAGGGGACUGGGGUCUAUUAGGACUAUCCAUAGGGUACGUUGGGGUCUAUUGGGACUGAUUAUAAAGUAGGUUAGGUUGGGGUCCAUCUGGCCAUCUAAUACCCCAAUGGGCCACCAGCAGCGUGUGUGGCCGUAACCAGAUUAAGACCGUACCCUAAUCUGGCCUGGAAAACACUGUUAGCGCCUCAUUAUCUACGCUAGGCCUCUCACCACCACAGAUAGCUCUUGUAGCCUGUCCUCCCUAAAGCUGUAACUCCCUUAAAUGUGGUGUAUCCCUUAAAUUUACGACCUCCCUUUAAUACGAAACUUUUAAUAAAAAUAAAAUACACCGGUCUUAAACGUUAAUUUAUUCACUUGUUUACGCUGAAAUCGAAUGUAAAAAUCACCAUAGAAAUCGUAAAAGAUGGGAGGGAUAACUCGUGUAUUUGUACGUAUUAGCGUAUAUGAUGAUAUAGGUUGAUAUGUAUAGCUGUAUUUGUAUCUGUACCCACCAAGGUUUUUAAGACACCCAUCAUGUACCAUUGUUUCUGAAAUACUGUAUUUUUUGGGUAGUGUGGUGUACUGUACCACUAUGAAAUGUCUGUAUAUUUAUUUGUAUUUGUUCCUCCACUUGAUUUGUCGCUUAUGAAUGUUUAAAUUACAAAAAUAAAAAGAAUUAUUCAUUAGUUUAAGAAAUUAGUGAUGGAAUUC